UCCCUAAAAAUGUCAAAACAAUCAGGAUGGACAGAUUAAGCAUAAUUUCGAGCGCUUUAUUCCUAACAGCGGAUGUAUUUGCUGUUGCAAGUCUGGCUAUGCCAAGAUGGAUCGUUUCUGACAUAGGAGGUCGAACAUACAUUGGAUUGCUACAGUCAUGUCUAGAGAUUUACAGUGGUCAGCAAAGUGAAAUGUGCUUCACUCCAGUUCCACAGAGAACAGAAUGGCUUUUGACAUUUGUUUGUAUUAUUUUGGGCAUUCUUAGUGUCACCUCCACAAUAGGUCUGUUGAUCCUUUCCCAUUGGAGGUAUCGAGUCAUGAAACAUGCCAGGUGGCUCGGAUUUGUGGCAAUAAUCCUGUUUUGCCUGGCUGCAGUCAUUUUCCCUAUUGGUUUCAACAUGGAGCAGAUAGGAGGGGAACCAUACCAGCUUCCAAACAAUUACCAAGUGGGCAUUUCAUAUAUCUUCUUUGUCCUAGCUCUGUGGAUAACAGUUGUUUCAGAACUGUUUGCAAGCAAAGUCUGUUUGCCACAUUUUUAAUGCUUUUUUGACAGAAUUUGAUAAGAACAAAAUGUGCCAAUACAAUGGCAUUGAAAAUUAUCAGAAUUUUAGGAGAUUAAAUCUGGUAAUUUCUAGAUAUCAAUGAUAUUUAAUGACUGGCUAGUAACAUCUUUAUUAUUAGUAAUAAUCCGUUGUACAUAAUUG